CACCGAGUUGGAGAGGGUGUUGGACGAAGACGGACUUGGCCUGGACAAAGUCGAUCCGGACAAAGCAUCCAUUUGUGGACCAUAAACACCUGAGGUUCAGCGCUCAAGGCUCAUCCUCGUCCUCAUCACCUGCCUUGUCCCGCUGAUGCGCCCUAGCGGGCUCUCCACCUGUUUGCUACUCAACCAUUGCAGGAAGUCCUUCUUCUCGUCAGCCCUUCUUCUGCCCGCUGUUGCUCGCCUCUGCUCCUCCUCCACCUCCUCCUCUGCCACCAUGGCCGAGCCGACCCCAAUCAACCCGUCGACCACCAAGAUCGGUUGGAUAGGCACGGGUGUCAUGGGCCGCUCCAUGUGCGGCCACCUUUUGUCCGCUGGCUUCUCCGUCACCGUCUUCAACCGCACCCCCUCAAAGGCCCAGUCCCUCGUCGACGCCGGGGCCUCCCUUGCCGACUCCCCGCUAGCCGUCGCCGCCCGCUCCGACGUCGUCUUCACCAUCGUCGGCUAUCCCGCCGACGUCCGCGAGGUCAUUCUUGGCGCCUCUGGCGUCCUCCGCUCCCUCCGCCCCGGGGGCGUUGUCGUCGACAUGACCACCAGCGACCCAUCCCUGGCCCGUGAAGUGGCCUCCGCAGCCUCCGCCAUCGGCUGCUCUUCGGUUGACGCUCCGGUGUCCGGCGGCGACCGGGGAGCGAGAUCGGGGACGCUGGCCAUAUUCGCCGGCGGGGAUGAGGCGGUGGUGCGACGAAUGACGCCGCUCUGGAGCUGCAUGGGGAAGGUGAACUACAUGGGUGGGCCGGGAUUGGGGCAGUUCGCCAAAUUGGGGAAUCAGAUUACCAUUGCAACGACGAUGGUGGGGCUGGUGGAGGGGAUGCUGUACGCCCACAAGGCUGGGUUAGACGUUGCCCUCUACCUUGAUGCGAUUGCUGGCGGGGCAGCGGGCUCGAAGAGCCUGGAUCUCUAUGCGAAGAGGAUCCUGAAGAGGGAUUUCGAGGCGGGGUUCUUCGUGAACCAUUUCGUGAAGGACUUGGGAAUCUGUCUGAGAGAAUGUGAGAGGAUGGGACUUUCUCUGCCUGGCCUGGCUCUCGCUCACCAGCUCUACUUGUCGUUAAAGGCCCAUGGAGAAGGGGAUUUGGGUACCCAGUCUCUGAUUUUGGUGCUUGAGAGGCUCAACAACAUGAAAUUAGGAGAAGAUGCGAAAUAGUUCUCUUCUGUUUUCGGUAUGCUCCUUGGCAUUGAUGAGUUUGGUUGUGAUCAUGUAGUAUGAUUUUAUGAAUAAGAAGCGAACCGGACUUGCCUUUC